AUGAGUGAACAAUGUUUGUCAAUAAUGCCCAAUGCUGGACCAUCUCAAAUUCUGCCAUUUUUAUUUCUUGGAUCACAAGAAGACGUGAUGUCAACAAAAACGAUGCUGGAUUAUCAAAUAACUCAUAUAAUCAAUGUAUCGUCAACGUGUCCAAAGGCUCCGUCGAUAGCUGAUGAAAAUGAUGAACAUUUUUUACGAAUACCAAUUAAUGAUAGUCUCAAUGCACAAUUAAUUCCAUAUUUUGAUCAAGCAUAUAAUUUUAUUGAAAAAGCUCGAUUAAGUAAUGGUCAUGUAUUCAUUCAUUCGGGUAUCAGCAGAUCACCAGCAUUAGCGGUUGCCUAUAUCAUGAAAUAUAUGGGUUUAAGUGCGGACGAUGCAUACAGGCAAGUUUUGACUUAA